AUGACUCCAACCAUCUCUCCAGAAAAAUCGCGACACCUUCUCGCAAGAUACGAAAUAUGGAAUGAUAGAUUUCUUUACCUGGCCGUCGCUUGGAGAGAGGACUCCCAGAUCUAUACUGCACAUCACACAUGCCGGAUGGCGUCGUUCGACAGCAACCCCACCGCUCUCAAUGAACUUGAAGGGACAGUGAUUCAACAUGACCUCGUUUACGCCGCAUGGCGGGAAGAUAUAACGGAAGUAACGAUGCCACUACCCCGCAAUACCUUCGUAAAGACCCCCGAGUAUCUAUCCGAGUUGUCAAAGCCCGACCUGAUCAACGCCGAGAUCAACAUUUUGGAGUUACUGUCAAAGACCCCUCAUCCGAACGUAUGCAAAUACUAUGGGUGCAUUCGUGAUGGAGCAUAUGUCAUGGGUAUUUGCUUGCAGAAGCUUGAGUUCACGUUAGCUGAACUCGUCGAAGGCAGGGAUGACAAGCUGCCCACCCUUGACGAGGCACGCAUAGUUUCGGACGUUAAGGCCGGAUUAGACUUUUUGCAUAGCCUUGGCCUUGUUCAUGAUGAUAUCAACCCCAGCAACAUAAUGCUGGAUGAUGGUGGACGUGCUGUAAUCAUUGACUUUGAUUCCUGUGUACCUUUGGGAUCACAAUCACGGGGCGGAACUCCUGGGUGGUCGACGUUCCCAAAAAUCGCCGAGAUUCAGAAUGAUGAACAUGGUCUGGAUCUUGUCGCGAAGUUCGUUAGAGGAGAAUAUGAUGGUCAGGACUUUGAGGCUUUUGACAAGUAA